GCCGAUUAUCUGCAGCAUCAUGAAUCGAAACUUGAAUCACUCGCAUGCUUAUGAAUUAAUGGGAACCCUCCAAAUACUAAGAACCACUUCCUAAGUCAUGAGUCGUUUGUGUUAGGCUUAAACUCAAUCAUAACUACAUCAGUGCAUAUACAUUUGCAGCUCUGAUCUCAUCUAUUAGCUACCGAUAAAUGAAGAUUAAGUGUAGCAUCACCCUGUUUCCGAGUCUUCUGCUCCUUUUCUUUUAUGUAACAUCAUUAGUCAUAGCCCAAGAAUUAGAACACGAGGAAGAGUUUGAAUACAAAGAUCACAGCCCCAAAGCACCGAAAUUAUGGGGAGAGUUGAAGAAGGAAUGGGAGGCGUGCAAAGCUUUAGGAAAUCACACGCAGUCUCCAAUUGAUAUUUCUUAUGAAUAUGUUGAGGUUAUUCCAAAGUCUGAGGACGUGAUUACAGAAUACAAGUCUGCUGAGGCCGAGAUUAGGAAUAGAGGCCAUGAUAUCGCUGUAUAUUGGACAGUAGAUCCUGGACCGGGAUUCAUAAAGAUAGAUGGGAUCGAUUAUGGUCUAAAGCUAUGUCAUUGGCACUCACCUUCUGAGCACGCCAUCAACGGCCAGAGGUAUGAUAUGGAGCUGCAUAUGGUUCACAUGACCAAGGAUCACAAAAUUGCUGUUGUUGCGCAGUUGUACAAGAUCGGCAAACCAGAUUCCUUUCUGUCUAAGUUGAGCAAAGAAAUGCAGGUCCUGCAAGACAAGCACGGUAACACGACUGUGGGGAAACUGGAUCCGAAGGAGAUAGACCUGGCGGGGAAAAAUUACUACAGAUAUAUGGGCUCACUAACCACUCCUCCCUGCACUGAAGGUGUUACUUGGAUAGUCAAUCGAGGGUACUGUACAGUUUCACAAGAUCAAGUGAAGCUAUUGCGACAUGCAGUUCAUGAUUUUGCAGAUGAGAACGCAAGGCCACUGCAAGCACUUAAUGGUCGCAAGAUACAGCUCUACCAUCAGGAGGCCAAAGGCAGGAAUAUAAGCUAGGCUGCUGCAACUGGCGACUUGAGGAUCUCCAUGCAUAACUUCUAAACAUAACUACAGAGAGAUGCUGCAAUAAAUCUACGCAAUGACGUGGCGUGUUUAAGUGGACGUUGCGUUAAAAACAUGUCGCUACUGUCACUCAUUCGACUGCCUUCUUUGUUUAAAGUUACUUUCCUCACGUAUCUCCAGUCCUAUACAUUUUUUUUAGUCAUUCUUAAUACUUUUGGAAUAAAUGAAUAUUUUACUUUGAAAAUAUUAAUAUAUGUAAGUUUCACAU